AUGACAGGAGCAAACGGCUCGAAUGGCCAAAAGGCUGUACAUGCAGCCACACGUCUUCGACAAUUGCUUUCUGGAAAAGAGAUCGUCAUCGCACCAGGGGUAUAUGAUGGUUUCAGUGCCAGGAUAGCCCUGGAGGUGGGCUUCGAUUGUCUCUACAUGACGGGCGCGGGCACAUGCGCCUCUAAGCUGGGACAACCUGAUUUGGGGUUGGCCACACUGAACGAUAUGCGCGAGCACGCCGAGAUGAUUGCGAAUCUGAACCCGAAUGUCCCUCUGAUCGCUGACGCCGACACGGGGUAUGGAGGACCGAUUAUGGUUGCCCGCACCGUCGAGCAGUACCAUCGCAGCGGCGUUGCCGGUUUACACAUUGAGGACCAGAUCCAAACCAAGCGAUGCGGCCACUUAGGUGGGAAGGAGUUGGUAUCGCUUGACACUUUUGUGUCUCGUAUCAGCGCAGCAGCUACAGCUCGUGACAAACUUGGCUCUGACAUCGUCCUCAUCGCACGGACGGAUGCGCUACAGACGCAUGGAUUCGACGAAGCGGUGAAGCGACUAAGGGCCGCUAUGCAGGCUGGCGCGGACGUCGCAUUUCUCGAGGGUGUGACGACUAAGGAAGAAGCACGAGAGGUGUGUCGCUUGCUGUCGCCCGCGCCAGUGCUACUCAACAUGGUCGAAAACGGGGCCACGCCAUCCUGGACUCCAAAGGAGGCACAAGAUCUCGGUUUCCGAAUCGUCAUCUGGCCCUUCGCAGCUAUCGCUCCUGCGUAUGAAGCUAUUCGUUCUACAUAUCGCCGCAUCAAAGAGACAGGUUCUUCGGGCAUCGACCCGGAAUUUACGCCUAAGGCACUAUUCAACAUUGUUGGGUUGAAGGAAGCGGUGGCUGUUGAUACUUCUGCGGGCGGAAGCCUUUACGAUAAAGUUUGA